GGGGGGAACUAAGCCCGCGGGACACAGCAGGCCCGUGGCGCCCACUCGGGAGUUUCCACAGAUCUCAGGCUCAGGCCUAGGUACAGUGACCCGCGACUGGCAGACUCGGAGGCGGGGCAUUCGGCACACUCAGGUGUAUGGAUAACUCUGGGGCCAUGACUGCCAUGAUUUUCACAGAGGACCCCAGAUUUCUGCAGUGUGAGCAGUGUCAAGUGCUCCUGGACUGGUUCUGAGAACUCUUGCCUAGAGAAUGGCCAAGGGGCUCCUGGUGACCUAUGCCCUCUGGGCUAUAGGGGGCCCUGCAGGGCUCCACCAUUUGUACCUGGGGCGGGACAGCCAUGCGCUGCUCUGGAUGCUUACCUUGGGAGGAGGUGGGCUAGGCUGGCUCUGGGAGUUCUGGAAGCUCCCAAGCUUUGUAGAUCAGGCAAACAGAGCCCAGGGUCAGAGGCAGCACUCAGGACAGACACCCCCUCUGAGUCCCAUUCGUUUUGUAGCCCAGGUGAUGGUGGGCAUGUAUUUUGGUCUUGUGGCCCUCAUUAGUCUUUCUUUCAUGGCCAAUUUCUAUGCUGUGGGCCUCCCGCUGGCAGUUGGCCUAGGAGUCUUGCUGGUGGCUGCUGUUGGCAACCAGACCUCAGACGUGAAGAACACGCUAGGGGCAGCAUUUCUCACUUCCCCUAUCUUCUACGGUCGCCCCACAGCCAUUUUCCCCAUCAGCGUGGUUGCCAGCAUUACAGCCCAGAAGCACCGCCGCUAUAAAACUGUGGUGUCAGAGACACUCAGUGUGCGGCUUUACCGCCUGGGCUUAGCUUACCUUGCUUUCACGGGCCCCCUGGUGUACAGUGCUCUCUGCAACACAGCUGCCACCCUCCACUAUGUGGCAGAGACCCUUGGCUUCUUCUUGAGUUGGUUCAGUUUCUUCCCUCUCCUUGGCCGCUUCUUGGAGUCUGUCUUCCUUUUGCCUUACCGGGUCUGGAGGCUGCUGGUGGGGGAUCCUGGUUUCAGCAAUGGCUCCUUCCAGGAGUGGGAGAAGCUCUAUGAGUUCGUUCACAGUUUUCAGGAUGAGAAGCAUCAGCUGGCUUACCAGGUUUUGGGUCUCCCAGAAGGGGCAACAAAUGAAGAAAUACACCGCAGAUACCAAGAGCUGGUGAAGGUCUGGCACCCUGACCAUAACCGGCACAAAGCAGAGGAAGCUCAGAAGCACUUCUUGGAGAUUCAGGCUGCUUAUGAAGUCCUGAGUCAGCCCAGGGCGUCCUGGAGAUGAGAAGAAACUUCCCCUUGAGGAGGGACUCUUCCUGGCAGAGCAGGGAAGCUUGUGCCAGCCCAGCUCUGUCCAUGUGGGACAUUCCAGUAGCAUUAAAGAGACUGCUUGCAGUGGAGAUGAGAAAACCUUACAGUGGUGAGAGAGCUAUUGUGGUAGAAGAAUAUAUUUGUGUUUUGAAU